AUGAAGCUCUCUUUCAUCUCCGUCCUUGCCGCCGGCGUUGCCAUUGCUGCGCCCACUCCUCCGGACAAUGCGAUUGAGGAUUACGUGAUUUCUGUGAAUAAACGCGGCGACGCCAUCGAGGAUUACGCCAUCCCCGUCAACAAGCGCGGAGACGCCAUCGAGGAUUAUGCCAUUCCUGUCAAUAAACGCGACGACGCCAUCGAGGACUACGUCAUUAGUGUUGACAAACGCGACGACUACGCCAUCCCCGUCAACAAGCGUAGUGAUGAGAUUGAGGAUUACGCCAUUCCUGUCAACAAACGCGGGGAUGCUGUCGAGGACUACGUCAUUAGUGUCAACUAG